AUGUUGGACAGCGACGGGUUCGAGUUGCUGUGGCAGCAGGACAACACGCGAAUGGAAGUGAAGCGGGAUCCGAGCUGCCGGGUCUUCGAGUAUCGCCUCGUAAUCGAUUUGGAGCAGCCGCUGAGCCAGGCCAUGUCCCACUUUGAGGAGGUGGACCUCAUCCACAAGGUUCAGAAGCAGCUGUGCCAGCCCGUGAGAACUCUGGGCAGCGCAUCUCCUUGGCAAAAGGUGUACAUGAUGUGCUUCAACAUUACAGUCUUGCGCAUCGAGGUGCUGCAUGAACUGUUCCGAUACCGGGAUGAGACGAACGGGUUUAUCUUGGAAGGCAUCCGCACAGAAUUCGACCAGACAGCCUUGGAUGUCCCGGCCAAGUCCUGGCGCGCCAUCCGGCCGUGGAGCAUCACAGCAAAUCUCUGGAAGCCGCAUGAGGAUGGCUCUGGCAGGACUACCUUCAUCCAUGUGUCUCGUGCCGAAGCCGGGAUGACGUUGGCAUCUUGGAUGCUGGACACAGCGGCCUACUACGUGGCUCGCGGCUUUGCAUCGGAUGUCAACAAAGCCGCUUUCGAAGCUUCGCUGCCGGGAAGCCCAUGGAUGGAGCGCAUGCAAGCCGACAAGGAUGGCUUCUAUCGUGAGCUGCAAAAGAUAGAGAAGAUGAGAAGCCCUGUGCCUUGGGAUAGCCGUUCCUUGGACUAUCUUGGGCUCAGAACCGCUUUCGCAAAUCAGCUCUUCUGCUAG